AAAAACCCUGCAGAAAUGUCUCUCUAUCCAUCUCUUGAAGAUUUGAAGGUAGACAAAGUAAUUCAGGCUCAAACUGCCUUUUCUGCAAACCCUGCCAACCCAGCAAUUUUGUCAGAAGCUUCUGCCCCCAUCUUACAAGAUGGAAAUCUCUAUCCCAGACUGUAUCCAGAGCUUUCUCAAUACAUGGGGUUGAGUUUAAAUGAAGAGGAAGUACGUGCCAUGGUCCCUGGACCACCAGUUCAGGGGUUGGUAGCAAGACCUUCCAGUAUGAACUGUAUGGUGGCUCCUGUAACAGGUAAUGAUGUUGGAAUUCGUAGAGCAGAAAUAAAGCAAGGGAUUCGUGAAGUCAUUUUGUGUAAGGAUCAAGAUGGAAAAAUUGGACUCAGGCUUAAAUCGGUAGAUAAUGGUGUAUUUGUUCAGCUAGUCCAGGCUAAUUCUCCAGCCUCAUUGGUUGGUCUGAGAUUUGGGGAUCAAGUCCUCCAGAUCAAUGGUGAGAACUGUGCAGGCUGGAGUUCCGAUAAAGCACACAAGGUGCUCAAACAGGCUUUUGGAGAGAAGAUUACUAUGACCAUUCGUGACAGGCCCUUUGAACGGACAAUUACCAUGCACAAGGAUAGUACUGGACAUGUUGGUUUUAUCUUUAAAAAUGGAAAAAUAACAUCCAUAGUGAAAGAUAGUUCUGCUGCCAGAAAUGGUCUUCUGACUGAACAUAACAUUUGUGAAAUCAAUGGGCAGAACGUCAUUGGAUUGAAGGAUUCUCAAAUAGCAGAUAUACUUUCAACAUCUGGGACUAUAGUUACCAUAACAAUCAUGCCUGCUUUUAUCUUUGAACAUAUCAUUAAACGGAUGGCACCAAGCAUUAUGAAAAGCCUGAUGGAUCACACUAUUCCUGAGGUUUAGAAGUACUUAGCACAAUGGAAACACAGCUAAACUCCUGUUUCCUUCUUUGGCAACUUCUGCAUUGCGCACAUGGAGCUUUCCUGGAGCCAGGGAACAUAUGCUGCAUGAGGACCUUUCUAUCUUACAUCAUGGCUGGGAAUCUUAACUGUUUCAUCUGAUACCUUCUUCAGAUUUCAAGAUAGUUGUAACCUUAUCCUGGUUUUACAUGUGUGAAACUUUCAGAAGAUUUAUUGACUUUCCUAGAACAGUUUUUCGACAGGAAAACUGAUGCUUUUAUAAACCAUUGCGAUUAGGAUGAUGGAUGCAGGCUUAGCUUUGCGUGAGAACAAGUCACAUUUUUCUUAGGUAAUUAGUAGUGAUCAUAUUACUUUAGUUCUUUGGUAUCUUUACAUUUUUCACAUGUUAUCAUAGUGUAUUUAGUAUGAUUAGCUUCAAUUUUUUUUUUUAAGUUCUCUGUAUGUAAAAGCAAUUAAGUUACACUGGUUUCAUUCCAUGUAAGCAUUAUACAGUGUAUGCAGGUUGCAAGAGAUUAUGAUUGUCUUUAAAUUUUAACUACCUUCACUUAAUAUGCUUGACUGUCGCCUUAACUAUGUUAAGUAUCUAGAAUAAAAGCCAAACAUUAUUGCUGCCUUUCUGAAGCCCAAAAUGUAGUUCCGUACUAAACUGAAACGUACACUAGCCAGCCUACAGAAGAGUGUACUGAUACUUACUGAGCUAUAACAUAGCUGCUUAGUUAUAUGUGAGAUUUUUUUAGUCAUUGCAUAGUAGAAAACUGUACAAGUUGCAUCACUUUCUGAAAAACAAAUCACUAUAUAUUAAAAAUGAAAAUUCUUACACUAUACAGGAUAAACUUUGGAGAUAAACUUUGGACUCUUUCAUUUGUAGAUGAAGUGGGAUAAUACUUAAUUUUGGCACUUAAAUCUUAACCUGUAGCUUAGCUACUUUGGGAUGGCCUUAGAAUGUUUUUCUGUUAUACGCUACUGAUUAUUCCCUGCAAAAAAAUGGAAAUGACAUUUGUCCUGAUUUUUUGUUCCUUCAUUUUGUUUUAUGCUAUCCAGUUAAACAUGUAAAAAUAAAGUUUUAAUCUGCUUAUUACUGGGGAACUUUGUCAGUCACCAAACUUGUGUAUGAUCUUAAAGAUGGACAUGUGAAGUUUAUCUCUGGCUGUGGAAAACAGUCCUCCCUUUUAUAGGGGCCCCGAGAACAACCCACGGACUGAAAGGCCACCUAGAGAAUGAAUGUAGCUGGGAGUCCCACACUGCUGGGCUGGUUCACCCUGUGCACUUUUCACACAGCAGGAACUCAGGCUCUUGUUUCCCUCUAGCAACACCAUAGACUACAUGUUUAAUGAUAAAGCUAACCUGAAAAUAA